GAGGUUUGAACUGCUCUCUGGAAAGUGACCAUUGUUGAAAUCAGGUCGAGGCUGUGAUCAGCUCCACCUGCUGAGUUUACCCACUUUUUUUACGGGUUUACAGCGGAAAAAACAGCGCGGGCUUUUUACAUUGUCAUGAAAGAAAUGUCAAGGUAAGCGGUGCACGGGAUCGAUUAGAGGUUUCGAGGCGGGUUUGGUCGUUUUUAAUGAGAGUCCUGAAGAAAAGGCUAAAAGCUAACGUUAGCUAACUGUCACAACAACUAAACAAGGCCUGAGCCGCCGAGAGCUAACAGCGCCAAGCGUUGCGGUUCCUCAAGUGUGUCUUGUCUAACAAAACAACCGCAUUCAACUCGCGGUGUGUUUUUCUCCUUAUUAUGUCAAGUCCACUUGGAAAUGAAAUCGCAAUUUUUGGUUAAUUAUAUGAUUCAAAGCAGCUAGCUGGCGUUUGCUAAGUUGCUAAAGUAGCCUAUUUGUCAGCGCUUACAACCUGUUUGUAGCAUCUCUGCUAAUGUUAGCCCGAACAGACUCUCACCUCUUUUGUUUCUGGAAGCUUAUAUUUCAUUUUUACAGCAGCUCAUUUAUAUAUUUAAAAGCAUUUAUCCGCUUGUUGUGGUAUAGUUGUUUUAGUGUCAGUGUUUACACAUAACAUCAUAAUGAAAGGUGCAGAACCAAACAGCCGAAACACUCAGGAUGAUGUUUUAUAUCUGAGUUUUGAGGUUGCAGUUACAUUUCAUUUUUCCUCUAUGUUGACAGCACCAUGCCUGGCGGGCAGCAGCAGCCUCAGAAACACUAUGGCAUCACCUCCGCCAUCAGCCUGGCUCCCCCACGAGAUAUAGACCACCAGUACACCAAUAAGCUCUGUGAUGCUAUGAAACCCUUUGGGGUGUUUGAAGAUGAAGAGGAGCUGAACCAUAGGUGAGGAAAGCAUCCAUACACACAUAUCUUUAUCAUGCUUGCUAGUCUCAUCUUUCGUACACCAUCAGCCGCACCAAUUACUGUUACAUGAACAACUGCAAUACAAAGCAGAACCUACACUAUGGCUACUUUCACAUGUCUGUUGCUGUUCUGCAAAACCAGUACAUCAACAAGCAGAUACAUCAUGAACACUUGAGCAAUAUAGCUCAAUACAAUACAAAAUGUAAAUCAAACAUUUCCGUUUUUGUUGGCAUGAUCAGGCUGGUGAUAAUUGUUCUUGUGAAACUAAUAUUUUUAAGUUGUGGUGGGUUUUUGGUGUUAUACCAGACUCCAUUAUAUUAAAAUGUUUCCUUAAAACUGUUUUAGUAACACAAAGUAAUUAAUUGAAAAUCUAAUUAAGUAAUUGUCAAAUUGUCUAAUUAAUGUCAAAGCCAGUAUGUUUAGCAAAUACAGGGAAAUAUGUUAAUCUAAGUCUUGGCAUGUUUGUUUUGUGAAAAAAAUUGAAUUAACGUGGUCUUUUCUGUUUUGUUUUAGAAAAAUGAGAAAUAAUGAACUGUUAAAAGGCAUGUUGGCCUGCAGCUCUUGUUUUAUUUUUUAUUAUGUGUUUAGUUGAUUGAUAUAUUAUGAAAGAGGGGCGGACUCUAUGAUAUAGUUUUCUUCUUUCUGCUCCGUCUCAUUCACAUGUUUGAGAUUUUUUUCUUGUUUGUAUUGAAUGUUUUAAAUAUUAAGUGAAUGAAAUAAAGUAUGUAAAAUGAAAUUCAAAAUGAAAACCUCUAAAAGUAAAUUCGAUAUACAGCUGCUGGAUUGCUGUUACAAGACUUCUACUGUUCUGCGUAACCAGCAUCUUUACCAGCCACUAAAUAUAUGCCUGUCACUUCAGAAAUCCGUGUUAAACGCUGUAAGACUGUGAGAACUGAGUCAGAGGUACCUGACAAGAGAAACAGAGAAGACUGUUUAACAUAAAUUCAAAGCAAUUCUUGAUUUAAGGAAAUAUUUAGAAAUAAAAACUGUGCAGCCUGAAUGGUUUCCUUUUCUGUCCAACAUUUUCCCUGUGUUAGGAAGGCAGUGAUUUAAUUUCAUGGUGUUUAUAUAAUCUCUUCUAGAGUGUCAUUUUCUUGUAAAGGUGGAUUGUGAGUCAAACAUUUUUUAUGUCUUUUCAGACUUGCAGUUCUGGGGAAGUUGAAUAACUUUGUUAAAGAAUGGAUCGCAGAGAUCAGUGAAUUAAAGGUGUGUUCUGCUUUGUUUUCAAGGGAUUUACGGUGUUUUAUGGACUCAAAAUUAUUCCCUAAUCAGCCACAUAUUACUUUCUAUUAACUUUACUGUCUAUGUCCUUUUCUUCUCCAGAACCUUCCACCAUCAGCCAUCAGCUGUGUUGGUGGAAAGAUAUUUACAUUUGGUUCAUACAGACUUGGAGUUCACACGAAAGGUAUGACUGCUGGCUGUUAAAUUUUAAAAAUUGCUUUCAUUUUGAGGAGCAGGAGCUGUGCGACGUUAUUUACCUUUUAAACAGAUUGGGAGUAUAAACAGAUAACAGUUUUGUCACACACACCAGCCUCUCCUGCGUAUGUGAGCAAGCAUGAACAUUGUUUCUGUAAAGCUGAGGUCAGUCUAACCACUCUAAAGCACAAGCUACCUUUGUCAUAAUUUUCUGCUAUGGAAAGGCUUUUUGUAAAGAGCAGUACAGUUUUGACAGCAGUAAACACAGGUUUCGUCUGAACUGGAGGUGUAAAUAGCUCCGAGUACCCCCUGCUUUUUGAAAAAACUGUUGGCAUGUGAGAGGAAAAACAUAAUGAACUAAGAACAGAAGCUGCACUUGUGCUUUUACUGUUUGUUCAACCACAAUAGUAUGUUUUUGAAUGCAUUCAUUUAUAAUCGUAAGUUUUUGGAAUAAUACAAGCUGAGCAAAAAGCUGUUAAUGGUGUGUCUCCAUGUUUUGUCGCACUUCAGGGUUGAAAAAAGCUAUGUAAAAGCUACGGCAGUGAGUGUUGGGGCAGUUGUGAGAAAGUGAAAACAGCUGUAGUUUCAGUUCACUCUGUGUGCAGAGGAGACAGGCGAGAAUGAGUUAUGUGAGCUGAGAUGUAAUUUAAAAAAUGAUGUUUUUCCUUCAGUUUCAAGCAGAAUGUCUCAGGUAUGCCGCACCUCUUCAACUGUUUUAGUUGAGGUGAAGACUGAAUGAGAAGUUUAGUUAUGUAGGAGACAAAGAGGCUGUCACAGACGAUCAUAAACUGUAUGGAGUUGAGAGUAUCAUGUUACGGGAUAAUGAUAUAUCAAGAAAAAAAGUUCAUAUGGUUCACGUGGAUUUACGUAUACACAUGGGGUUGGUGGGGAUUGUAUCAUUGUGCCGUUUCACUGCCACAAAGUUAUCACUCUUUCCUUUGAAAUAAAUCUAGUGCUUCAUCUCUCUUUACAUUACAGUGCUUUCAAGCUCACUGUGAUUCACACACAUUUAAGCUGAUAACCUGUUCUUCACAGGAAAAACAAACAAUCAGUUUUCUGGGUGUCCAGAUUUGUGCUUUUCUCCUUGAUCGAAGAAGCUUCCCCAGGUCAGAGGUUAGAUUCUGUGACAGGGAUGUCAGAAAGUUAAAAAUAUGUGAACUCUGAGCCGCAGUCUUGGGUUACAGUCGCUUGUAUUGGCUUCUCAGCUCAACUUUCACUCCAUCCUGUACUUGUUUGCCUAAGUUGUCUGGCUGUGGUGUGUUGAUUCCAGCCAGAGCCAACAGGACAGCAAAAUGAUGUUGAAAAAUGGUCUCACAGUUGAGAAAAAAAUAAUGCUUUGUAAAUGUUUGUGUAACUAAUGAGCGGCCUUGUAAAGUACAAAACUUUGAAGUUUGUGAAGUUUCAAAAACGUCCUUGGAAUAGUUUCAUGCUUGUCCUCCUCAAACUGGGUUCACUUGAGAUCAUCAGUGUCUGACAGACUCAGCUCUGAUGUGCUCUUCUAUUAGAAAAAUGUAAACCCAAAACACUGAAGAAGAGCAGCGUUUAAAAGAGAACAGAGAAAAUAACUCUGAAUUCUUCGUUUAUCCAACAUAGAUAAAAUCUUUCUGUGCAUCGUACUGAACAUUGUGUUACCAAGUCGCUAAACUCAUGACCCUCCUCUUGCACAUUGAUUAAAAGUCCUCUGUUCCCUCUGAAACCGUCUGUUCCAGGUGCUGAUAUUGACGCCUUGUGUGUUGCUCCUCGACAUGUAGAGAGAAGUGACUUUUUUCAGUCUUUCUUUGAGAAAUUGAAACAGCAUGAAGAGAUCAAAGAUCUCAGGGUGAGUCUGUACUUUCUGUCAUUACAGCUGAGUCUUAAAAAUUAAAGUUGAUAAGUUAGUGAACCUGGAUCAAAUCUGUACCACAUAGUCUUGAAGAUCUGGCAGUAAAAUGAGUGAUUAUGAAGAGACAGUGGGAUUUUUUGAAGUAGUUUUAAACUUAAUCCUGCCUUGCUAAUUUGAUUUAAUGGUGCACACUAGUACUAAAGCAAUAGUACUGAUAAAUAGUACUGAAAGCAACCCAUGUUUCCUGGAAAGACCAGAUACUGUCCAUCACUAAUGCCGAAUUUUAAAACAAUACGUCAUUAGUCUUAGUUUGACUUUCCUGAUUGAAAUGUAUUUCCAACUGUGUGUAAGUCCUUUCACAGCUCUGUAGGGUUACGUUCACACUGCAAGUUAUGAUGCAAAAUUCAGAUUUUUUGUUAAAUCCGAUCUUUUGGUGUGGUCGUUCACAUUACAACAACUAGUGCGGCAUCUAAUGUGAACGGAAUGUGUCCGUAAAGUGACCUGCAUGCGCACAACUGGCUGUUCUCCGUUCCCUCGUCCGCCAUUGCUUUCCACGCCUGUUGGUGUUGUGGAACAAUGGUGACGUUUGUCACAUAUUGAUGACGUAUUGGUCGGAUGAAUGCGACCUGAGCGUCCACACUGCAGUCACAUCGGAUACAUAUUAGAUUUAUAUCCACAUACAAAAGAGGCCUGGGUCAGAUUUGCACUGUUCACACUUACAUGAAAAAAUCACACAUGUGUCACAUAUGGUUAAAAAAUCAGAAUUGACCUGCAGUGUGAACAUAGCCUCGGUGUCAUUUAAAACAUUGCUAUUUCUAUUUGUGGAUCACAAGUUUUCUUGUCCAUUUGUUGUUAUAUCAGUGAUUGCAUAAUCUCAGCCUCUCUCUCUGAGUCUCUGAUUUUUUUUUUCCAGGCUGUUGAGGAUGCUUUUGUACCGGUGAUAAAGUUCAAAUUUGAUGGCAUAGAGGUGAGUAUCAGUGUAUAACAUUUGUUGUAACAGGAACUUUGAUACUGUGAGAGUGAUUGAAACUUUAACAAAAGAAGAGCAGGUGAUGGGGAAAAAAAGAGGUCUGAUUUUUUUUUUUUUUUAAAUCCAUUUUGAAUCUCUUCUGUACGGGAGCCGGGGAGAGCUCUGAGGUCUCCAAACCAACUUCUGCUGGAGGUGCCCAGAUCAAAACACAAAUACUGGGGUGACCGAGCCUUUGCAGUUGCUGGUCCCAGGCUCUGGAAUAAGCUUCCCACCGAAAUGAGACUCAUUUCUGAGCUGGGUCUUUUCUAAUCUCGACUGAAAACCUAUUUAUUCAUGCUGGCUUUUAAUACUCAGUUGCAUGGUGACACUUUAUUUUAUUGCAUUGUAUCUUAUUCUUUCUUUUAUUGCUUUUCAUUGUUUUUUAUUUAUUCAUUUUUAUUUACUAUGUAUUGUAAAGCACUUUGGUUCACCGAAAGGUUUGUUGUAAAGGGCUGUAUAAAUAGAGAACAUUUACAUUUACAUUUCCUCUCUGCUUGUCUUUGUCAGAUUGACCUGCUCUUUGCUAGACUGGCCUUACAGUCCAUUCCAGAUAACCUGGACCUGAGGGGGGACUCCAUCCUGAGGAACCUGGACAUCCGCUGUAUCCGCUCCCUCAAUGGUAUGCUUUAUGCUCCUAAAGUACCUCAGUUGAGAAGCUGACAAGGUGCAAGUCAACAAAACAGAACAGCACAAGUUUAAGUCUUACCCUCUAGUUUUGAGGUAUUAACUCUUACAUGAGGCUGAAUAAACUCAUCUAAAAUUCAUACCACAAUAUUUAGAUCCUUUAUUUAGUUUGCAGCAGGAAGCUAAGCGUUCAUUCAUUUGAUGAUAUUAUUAAUGUUUCAGGGUUUUUUUGUUAUGUACUGUUGUGAUGUAAAGGCAGGUUGUAAGUGUGAUCUUGCAGUAGAGGAUUGUUUUAAAUCUUGUUUAAUUUGGUACUGCACAAAUUUAAAACUAUUCAAAACAGAGCAUAAUUCAUACAGCCUGAAUAAUGUGUGGUAUCGACAAACUGUAGUCUUACGAAGAAUUUGAAAUUUCUUCAAGAAAUGACACCAGAAUAACCGGAAAAUCAGUGCUGACAUGAUGAGACUAUCAAACUUAUAUUUGACUCUCGAUACACUCGUCAUUUAUUGUGUGCCCUAAAAUCACACAAUCUUUGAACCUUUGUUGUGCAAAAUUUUGGGAAAAUGAAAUCUUUCAAGACAUUCCGACAACUAGGGCUGGGCGAUAUGGCAUCAAAUUAAUAUCACGAUACAAUGAGCAGUUCACCUCGAUAAUGAUAAAUGGACGAUAACCACUCCACAAGCUGCUCGCCCCCUCCCACAUUAACUUUGUCUACUUCACUCACCUGUUUUUCCCUCUUUGUUACGGACUGGACGGGGUGGGGUCACGUCACUGACAUAAGACAGUGUCUUAAGGGACAUAGCCAUAGCCUACCUACACACAUCCAAAACCAACUUUUACUUAUUACUUUUUUGAAACAGAAUAUAUUGACAUGGGCAAAAUGACAUCGGUUAUUGUUGUAAAUUUCGGUAUUGGUGAAUUUUCGGUUUAUUGCCCAGCCCUACCAACAACUGACAUCCCCCUGAUUUGUAUAGCAGAAUCUAAAGGACGAAACCUCAGACUUUCUGUUGAAUGGACUACAUGCAUCGAACACUUUAUCUGAGUGCUGAGUUUUUAAUGCUUUUCUUUCAGGUUGUCGAGUGACCGAUGAGAUUUUGUACCUGGUGCCAAACAAAGAAAACUUCAGACUUACUCUGAGAGCCAUUAAACUGUGGGCCAAACGUAUGUUGACCUAAUGUUACAUUUUCAUAACAUCACUGUGAACUUUACCUUUUACAUGUUGUAAACUGAUUGUGUGUUUUAGAAGUGGCUGUGUCUGGUUUACAAAUAUGCACGUAUCAUGGCUGAUGUUUGUGUGUCUGCAGGUCGGGGGAUCUACUCCAACAUGCUGGGUUUUCUUGGCGGCGUGUCGUGGGCAAUGUUGGUGGCUCGUACCUGUCAGCUCUACCCCAACGCCGUCGCUGCUACACUCGUCCACAAGUUCUUCCUGGUCUUCUCCAAAUGGUCGGGACUGAUUUCAUACUUGAUUAUAUUAUGCGUAAUCUUUCCUGUAUUUGACAGUGUUUCACAGAGUUAUAUUUGAAUAUUAAAACAUUUUCUUACUUGUUUCAUCAUCUUCAAACAGGGAGUGGCCCAAUCCUGUGUUAUUGAAACAGCCUGAGGACAGUAACCUGAAUCUACCCGUGUGGGACCCCAGAGUGAGUGUCAACCUUCUCAGUAUGUAAAUGUGCAGACUAGUAAAACUCUGAUUUAACAGAGUGGACUUCCUGUUAGUGUUUAACUCUGGAGUGCAGGAACAUUGAUUCUGUCUCCGGGUAACACCUCUGUCCUCAUGUGAACCACGUAUUGAUUUGUUUCUUAUCUCUGCUGGGAGGAAGUUCACAUAGCAACCUGGUGCCUGAAAGGACUACUCCAUAGACAUAUUAGAAAAACACACACUCACUCACACUUGGCAUAUAAAAGUGCUGCAUACUUUUGUGUAGGAGUCAAUAGAUAACGUUUUUUGAGGGGUGAAACCAAUUAUUUGUAGUUCAUGAGACUGACACCAAUAUUUAGAACCAAUAUGCAUUGACACUGAAAAUGUAAAUCUUCCUCUCAAAAUUUUGAAUGUAGACAUGUCAUCCACAAGACUCAAUAGCCACAUUUACAUGUGCAAAAUUUCUUGAUCCGAGUAAAAAAAUUGAGGAAUCAAAUAAUCUGAAUCCACUUAUAUCCAUUUAUAUGGGUGCAUAAUCAAAUAAUCCGAUUAUGACAUGCAUCUACAGGCACCAAGUUUUAUACAAAUUGAAGUAUUUGGACAGAGUUGACUGAAUCUCACUAAAACAACUGCAGAACAAGAGUUGUAGCUGUAGCGGCUCACCUCAUCCAAUUCAGGAGUCCCCCCUUGUUAAAUGUUGUCACUGGAUGGCGCCCUUGCGUAUAUUUUACUGUUUUGUCAAAGGUGGUACUGUGCGUGCAGACGUGACAUAAUCACGCUGUAUGUACACCUUGUUAUGUUAUCGGGGGAGCAGACACGGCACCUGUGGUUGUGUUUUAUGACAGAGUGUUAAUAAUAAAACCUCCUGUACUGACCUAAAUAAAUAAAGCGAAGGCUAAAGAGUGAAGAAAGAGUGUCAGGUAAGGAAGUCAGGAUCAGAAUAAAUGUUGACACGGAUGUGUUUCGGAAUUAACGAUCGGCCUCAACCACCCCUCGAUUGGAAUCUUCCGAUCGACAUGUCUAUGUGACGCAUUUUUAUUCUGAUCGAGCAUUUACUCUGAUUAUUUGUGCCCAUGUAAACGCAGCUGAUGACACUGGACAUGAUCUGAUCUGAGGCUGUCCAGAACACAGACUCCCGUUUUUCUUUUUACAGUGUUCAGUGGUAGUGUGUUUAUGUGUAAAUGUGUUUAGGGGAUAUUGACAGAAAAUGAUAUUUAACUGUCUUAUGUGGAAGCAAUACAUGCACUAAAGUCAGCUGUGAAUAGAAUUGCAAACAUGUUGAAUCAGUAAUUUUUUUUUUUAUUUUUUUUUUGAAAAUAAGAGAAAAGUUGAAGGAGUGCUCCUCAAUCAGUUCAUUGGUUGGUAUUUAACAAUGCAAUAAGGACACAGUCCAGUUUUCACUUUCAAAUUCCAGUCCACCUUUUUUUGUCUUUUUUUAAGGUUUGUUGAGCAUGUGUUAGAUUACAGAAUGCCCAUGAGGUUUAUGUCUAUUUAAACAUGUACCCUUGAUUCUCCCUGACCACUCUGUGUCUUUUUAUAGGUAAACCCCUCUGACAGAUACCAUCUGAUGCCCAUCAUCACACCUGCCUAUCCCCAGCAGAACUCCACCUACAACGUCUCUACAUCAACGCGUACCAUCAUGAGUGAGGAGUUCAAAUACGGUAAUGUAAACUUUGAAAAUAAAAGAAAGCGUUUUGCUCUUUGACAUAAAUGCCUUUCUUUAUUGCGAUGUUAUCACACUGAUUUCAGAAUCACAAACAGCAGCUACAUUACUCUCUUCAAAGCCAUCAAGCUCCAUCCCCAAAAAACUCCCUUUACUUCACAGGACUGAGGAGAGGCAGGUCCACUGCUGCUGUGACCUGACCUGAUCUUCUAGAGUUAAAGUUCUUCAUUGUGUCCUGUUUUUUUUUUUUAUCUGAUGCCAGUCAAAACCCUGUGGUUGGAUCUGAGUCCAAAGCCACACAAUAAGAAGAACAAACCAAUUGGCCCAAGCAGCAGUAGACUUGCAAUUUCUGUGUUCCCGUCAGUGUUGUUUGGGGAAAAUAAGCAUCUUCCAUUUAAACAAAAAAAAGCACAGCUCUACUUUCCUAUAAGUUUUCAAACACUCUAAUAUAACCUGAGCCUGUUGGUGACAAAAAAGAGAUUUUGAGAGAUGUACUUUGAUUGAUUAAGGAUUUUCAUCUCGAUAUUACGACCUGUUUUACUGCAGCAGGCUAAAACAGCUGACUGGAGAAAUAGUGAACUUUUUCUUCUUACUGGUCAUUUAAACUCUUACCUUAAUCCAAGAUUCCCGUCCACAGUUAACUUUUCUAAUGUGCGUUUGUGUCUCUCUCUGCCUCCAUCAGGCCUCAGCGUCACAGAUGAAAUUCUUCAGGGAAAAGCAGAAUGGCCGAAACUUUUUGAACCUCCAAACUUUUUCCAAAAGUACAAGUAAGUAUUUGAAUCACGUUGAAGGAAAAUGCUGCAUAUUUCACGUUUUCUAUUUCAUGUCUUUAACAUGUGUUUAUGUAUUUUGUUAGGAUUGAUGCAUGUAUUCCAAACUCUGAGAACAUAGUGGGUUUGGUGGAGCAGUUUGUGUGAUGUUGUUUUUGAGCAGCUGAAAGUGUAUGUGGGUGAUAUUGUCCCUCACACUCUGUUGUAAAUGAGGUGACUCGUUUUGUUUUGUAAACUUCCUCACAUAACUUUGUUUCUGUGUUUGUGCUGCAGGCAUUACAUCGUCCUGACUGCCAGUGCGUCUACAGAAGAAAACCACUUAGAAUGGUGAGAGUUAAGAAGCAGCCUAUCUUGGUGUUUUUAUGUCGCAGUGUGAUUUUCUUUCUCUCUGUGGUGUGAAUUUGAAUUAAUGAGUGCCCAUAUUUAAAUGAACACAGUGUUACACAUGGAGAUGCAUUGCAGUCUUAAUAGCGAGUGUGACUGGCCUCCUGUCUUGUUUAUUUCAGGAUCGGUCUGGUGGAGUCAAAGAUCAGAGUUCUGGUGGGAAAUCUGGAGAGAAACGAGUACAUCACUCUAGCACACGUCAACCCUCAGUCCUUCCCAGGGUCCAAAGAGAAUCGCAACGAGUGAGUCCAGUUUAUCCUCACACGAGUUCGCUCAGUCGGACGCUUUCUGUGGUCGCUCAGACAAUUCUGGUUUUAACACAAAGGCAUAGAGAGUAUUUUAUACGAGUCCAACCAAUUUUGUUUUUUAUUUCUAUAUUCAUACUCACUUAAAAUCUAUUCAAUAAUAAAAAAUAAAAACAUCUGUUUCUGCAAAGACGUUGAACUGAGAAGAAUGUGAAACAACUGAGAGGGCUGUAAACGGUGAAGUCAGCGCUCCAUCUACAAACUUUAUGACGCCAUUUCAAAGUCAUUAAAUAGCUUUUUUCUGUUGAAUAAGAACCACAAUAUUUUGUCCAUUUACAUUCAUCCUGUUUAUAAAUACAUAAUCAUGACAACUGCUGUCUUCUCUGUUGUGCCACAGGAACGAGUUCGUGUCCAUGUGGUUCAUCGGGAUCAGCUUCAAGAAGGUGGAGAACGCAGAGAGUGUCAACAUCGACCUGACCUAUGACAUCCAGUCCUUCACAGACACAGGUCUGUCCCCUCACAUCAAACCCUGCUGGGUAGACAGGCUGAGCAAAGAGGCCUCGACACUGAACAUUAGAUGACCAACUUUACCACACUGCAUGAGUAUGAAAUGAGUGGGGAAAAAGCUGAUGAAAACCCCUAAUCAAUAAAAAAGAAAAAGUUUGAAAAGGUUCUGUAAAGAGAAAGUUUAGACCAACACUGAUCUAAUAAAAUCAAACUUUUUCACUUUGCUGUAAUCCAGUUCAGUCAUGAUUUUGAAUGCGUUUUAAGCUCUUGUGUGAGUGGGAUUUCUCAGUAAAGAACUACACAGCAAAAAUGACAAAUAGGCAAAAAAAUAAGGCAACAAAGCUGAUAAUGUACAGAUCAGACAAAUGUAUUAGUUGCAGAGUCAUGUUUUCAUUUAAGACAGAGGACUGAAUGGAUCAAAGUAUGAGUGUCUUCAUCUAAUACUAUAACAACAUUAACAUGUAAAAGCAUAUACAGCUGAAACACAUGAGCCUCAGUUCACUUUUUUAACGUCUUCAAAAUAAGGGUCAAAAGAGACAUCUGAAGGACAAAGUGUCACUCUCAGUUAUUAAAAAUAUGAAAACAGGACUGUGAUUGCAGCUUUUGUGACUUUGUUACACGUAGAUAUGUGUUUGUAUCCAUGCCUGAAGGAUGUUUCUCUAUACAGUGUACAGGCAGGCCAACAACAUCAACAUGCUGAAGGAAGGGAUGAAGAUCGAAGCUACACACGUGAAGAAGAAGCAGCUUCAUCAGUACCUUCCUCCUGAGCUGGUGCAAAAGAAGAAGAGGGUAAGAAGAGAUCUCUCACUGAAGCCUUCUUCACAUUUUAGCUGGUGGUGCUUUCUUCUUGUUUUGACAUGCUGAUUUCUUUUUCACAGAGCAUAGCAGAGUUGAACCGCAGCUCUAACGGGGGCAGCUCCAAGCGGAUCUCUCUGGAUAGUUCUCACUUGGACAGCUCCAGGGACACAGACUCAGGGACCCCCUUCAGCUCCCCCGCUGGCAAACCCCUCAAACCUACAUCCGACACAGAGGACAGGUACCAAAUACCCGUCUGUACUUCUACAUCAACAUCACUGUUAAAUGUUUUUAAAAUACUUACCCUGAUUGUCUUUGCCUCAAAGUUUUGCUUUACAAUGACCUUAUAAAUCCACAAAUUCCUCUAAUCCACGUGUUUUUUUUUUUUUUAGUGUCAGCCCACCCAAGCAAGUUUUUGUGGAGGGUUCCCCUGCACCCACCGCAGCACCAGCCCCUACUCCAGUUGCUGCUCCACCUUCUGCUCCAGUUGGGGCAUCAAGUCCAGCAUCAGGUCCAAGUCCUUCACCAGCUGCUGCUGCUGCCUCAACAGGUCCAGCCACAUCUCCAUCUGCUCAGGACGAGGGCAUGUCCAUCCCUGUCACCGGCUCAAGUGAGUCAUUUUUCCAGCGACUGUUGCCGACAAAUGAUCCAUUCAGUAUGGCAGAUUAGACACACGUCAUCCAGCAACCAUCUACAGAGGCAACAGAAAACAGAUAUCACAUGUAGAAAACAGGAGAGUGUAAACCUCGACUGUUCUGUUGGAGUCCCACAGGGCUCUUGUCUCAGGCCGGUUUUAUUUACAGUAUGAAUUGACUCAGCUGAUUUGAUCAAUAUCCAACUACAUGCAGUGGAUACAGUAAUUUGCAGAUACUAAAACAGAAGGUGCUCUUUUAAAUUCUCAAAUGCACAGUCACCCAUGUCCAGGAACUACUUUUCAAACUCUUACCUCCUACUAAAUGUUAAAAAUGGUUUGUCUAUAUUUGUGAAAAGAACCAGUUUAAUACAACAUGGUUUACUUUGCCAAUGUGUUAUUAUCUUGGGUUCGUUUUGAAGUUUAAAUUCGACUUUCACGGUCCAGAGAAAAGUCCUGAGUCUGUGUUUGACAACUAAAAAAAAAACUUUAAGUCAUUUUUAUUCAAAUUUAAUAUUUUUCUUAUUGAUUAAGAAUUGAUUUACUAACUGGCAUUUUCAGGAGUUAGGACACCUGUGAAGGACUAAUUUAAAGAGGAUCAAUAGGGUCAUUCGCAGAGGGUUGCCACUAGAGGGGAGCUGUGAGCUGCCUCAAAGUCGGCAAAGAGGAGUAAAAUUUUAAGAAAAGGAAUAAACCGCAAGUGGAUAGUGGUAAACAGAGAUUCUAAUUUCUGAUCACCAAACAUUACACAAACAGAUUUUAGAGAAUAAAUCAACAUUUUUUUAUUUGUGGUUCUGUUACCCACCUGCCAAGAGCAUGUACUUAUUUAUCUGUGUUUAUAUGUGAUGUCUCUCUCAUACACGUUAGAAAGCAUACAUGUAUUUAAAAAAAGGUUGAACUACCUUUUUUCUAAUAUUGUCCUUUUUGUCUUUGUAGAAUCCUCAGCGAAAGCCAAGCCCCCCUCCCCGCCAUCCAGCAGCUCCAUCAGCUCUGUACUGAGCGGAGAUGUGAAGCCCAGCGCAGCCAGCAGCCCCCGAGAAGAACCCAACGGCCUGGAAGACUCGCUCAACGGAGCCGCAGCUAAAAGACCUCAUUCCCCCACAGAGGAGGACACUGCCAAGAGGCUUCGAGACCUAGAGGCAAGAACAGUAUGAAUGUAAACAGAAUAUUUGUAUCAGGUUUGAUGUUAUUGAACUGUGUAAUGACACUGGUCUGUGUGUUGCAGGUGGUGACCAGUAACGACUGUACAUUUAAAGAGCCGUUUCCUCCUUCAGACAGCCAGACACAAGGAGAUGGACCCAAUAUAGUAGGAGUUAUUUUCUUUGUUUCUCACUUUGGAUACUCACAUUAAACAUUACUAAUAUGUAGUGUGUCUCCUUUCACCAUCAGACCCCUAUUUCUGGAUCAAAGGCUAAACCCAUUCCAACGAUUGAUACCUCAAGAACACAGGUAACCUCCUCAGCUCUGUCAGGGUCUGAUCUUUAGUUUUUGAUGGAUUCAAACAGGAUCACGUAACACAAAGACGUCAUAGCCAUAGAUUUCUGCAGUUAUUCUGCAAUAGAAAGUUAAGAUAUCCAUUUCCACAUCGCAUCAUCAAUUAAUGUAUGAAGCCAUUAACUGAGGUGGAAAGGGUAGUAAGUGCUAGUUGUCACUUUCAUCUGAGCUCAUCUGAGAUGACUGUUAGUAUCAUCGUUUUAGGUAUUACUGUAGUUAGCCAAAUCUUCCAGAACUUUUAGGCUGUAGAGAUUUUAAGGAGAUGUGGCACUUUUAAAAAAAGGUCAAAAAAUUAAUAUCAUGAAAUGUAGUGUAUGCUUGAGAGAGCUCAUUUCUAUUUCAUAGUUCGCAAAGCAAUGAGCAUGUAUUUCUUUUCUCUCUGUGUGGGGUUUUCAUUUGGCUGAUUGCACAUGUUUCUGUGUUUGUGUUUCAGAGACUUCCCAGCAUGGAGCUGCCUGAUGCCUCCUCUCCUCUCCCGGCCAGUAACAGCUGUCGAGUGGUGAAGAACUCCAUCAAACUGGCUCUGAACCGCCACAGGUGAGCAUCUGUCCUAACACACACACACACACAUCAACGUGUGUGUUACUUCUUGACAUAGUUAUAAAAGAUUUUAAAAUGAUAAAACUAUCUGCUGUCUGUUAAAUUCAGCAUCACACCUCCCAAACCCCCGGUAUUUGAGGGGACCGUCCCUACGGACACCCAACCUGCAGGAGAAGAGAAGGGAAUGUCCAUUCCUGUCAUCGGCUCCAGUAAGUAUUUGUCCUCACACUGAGUUGUGCACCAUUUCUCAAAGUCAACCAGGUGUUCAUCUGUGACAUCUGUUGUCACGUAAGGGUUUAAAAAAGGCCAAAUGACCUUCUUUCUUGACUUUACCUCACACACACCUGCAGUACCUCGCUCUCUCUCUAUUGUUAGCCACUCAUUUUUCAAUAUUUUUGUUCAUAGAUUUUUUCUUUCUCCCCCCCUUCUGUAGAACAUGUUACAUCCAAACAUGCAGCGCCCCCUGUUGGUAGCUCAAUCCCCACGCUAGUGAGCCGAGGCGCCGACCCCCUAAACGGAGCAGCUUCCAAGAGACCCCACUCCCCUUCCCUGGAGGAGCAGGCCAAGAGGCUGAAGGAGACCGAGAAGGCCAGAAUCCACAUAGCCUGAACAGAGAACUUAGACUGGAUUUAUACAGACUUGCUCUAGAGAGAGGGGGCGGGCUUUGCAGACACAGAGGAUAUGUCCUUCCACAGAGGCAGGAAGAGUGUCCGUGUCUCCUCGGUCAGCUCUGUUAAGCACUCUUAGCACGUUUAGCUCCUAACAGGACCUUUAACAGCGAGGGGAAGGUGUCUUCUCUCAGUGUUUAAACGUACAGACGGAGAUGUUUUUUGGUUCAGUUUCAUUUUUUUUUCUUUUUUCCGGUGAACACGUUUUAAACAGGACAUUGUCAACGGUUUGUGCACACCCUUGUGCUGAACGCAGACCUUGUUUCACCUGAACACAAACCUGUACAGUAAAUGUUGAUGUACAUAACUUUUGUCUUAAAAAAAGAAGCAAAAGAUCACCGUUGAGUCUUUUGAACAUUUAUUGUAGUUUUAUCUAAAAAGAAAAAAAAGUUUAAAAAAUUGUAAUAUUUUGUUUUUCUCUAUCGCUUGUCCAAAAAGAAAAAAAAAGGCUCAUCCCUGGAUCUUUUUGUAAACACUGUAAAGGUUUGAUGUAGUUUCAGGAGGAUUAAUAUCAGAGAUCAUGAGGACCCACCGAGGACUGCAGAGUGAGGAGACGGAGGAGGAGGAGGAGGCGGCACCUGGAGACUCCGUACCUGCCCAGGUGAAUCAGCUACAACACCAGAAAACAUGAUGGAGAGGGUGUGAGGCUCCUCAGUUACUGUUCUGGGUUCAACAGGUCAUCAGAAUCAUAUUCGAUCAAUAAUCCUGUUCAGAUUCAGCGUCUCACCUGCUGUUAGAUUGGAAGUUCAGGUUAAUGGUUUCUGCUUCCUGUUCAGGUGUGUUUAAUAUCAGGUGAGAGUCGGAGGUUGUGGUGAUCUGAGAGUCAAACCCACCCUGCCUAACCCCCUGUAGUUCACCAUGAGGCCUGUCCCAGAUGCAGCAGGUUGUGGAUGUGUUGCGUUGCUGUGGGAGUAAACGGAUGGAGGCUUUUUGACAGUGUGUGUGCAUAGAAGCUGCAACAUUCAUUGUUUGAAAACAGAGUUUAUCGCCAAAUAUUUUUAUAAUCUUUUCAUUUGAAAGCAAAAAAAAAAAAAAGUCCAACGUUUUCAGAUUGUGGCUACUCAAAUGUGGAGAUUUCAGAUUUUUGCCAGUUUUGUAUCUGGAUUUGAAGUAAGUUUGACAAAGAAGAAGAAAUCUGGAGAUGUCACUUUGACACAACCCUACGACCUGAAAUAGACGGCGCAAUCCUUGAAAAAAAAGCAGGUUAAUUAAAAGAAAAGAGACCAGUUGCAGCGCUGGUAUGUGUGUGUGCGCGUUGUUAGUGGUGUGUGUGGUCUGUGUGUGUGCAUGGCUGGUUGUGUUUAAGUGGAUGGACUGAAUUCCCUGUGUUCUGGGUGUCGACCCUCUGCGCCUCCUGUGGAGGUUCUUAAACAGCGUGAGGGAGGGCUCAAAGGUUGGGUUGGGGUAGGGGGUUAGACUUGUUCAAACUCCAUGUUUCUGAAGCCAAUGUUUGAUUAUUGAUGUUCUAACGUGAUGCUGAUGCUCUGCCCUCCUCUUCAGGUUUAGAGACUAAAUGUACAGUGAAGAGUUUUUUUCAGAGACAUAUUCUUCAUUAUUACCGGGGUUUUCUUAUCACUUUAUUUAUAUUUGCAUAUUUGUACCAUGUGAUCUUUUUUUAAUAGCAUCAUAGCAGGUAGGUCUCUUUGAAUGAACUCUUCAUCACUCUGUUUCUGACAGCUCAUUUAAACAGACGGGCCAUGUAGAUGUUUGUUUCUAAACUGUAUUCAAAGGGUAUUUUUCUAUGUGUUUAUCACUUCCUUUAAAUGAGUCUGUACACCAUUAAACCCCAAAAACUAUCUGCUG